AUGGGUGUCACGGUUCAGGUAAUCAACCCCGGCGACGGUCAGAACUUCCCCAGACCCGGCGACAUGGUGAAGAUCCAUUAUGUCGGCAAGUUGGACGAUGGCAAGAAGUUCGACUCAAGUCGGGAUCGGAAUGACCCUUUCCUCACACAAAUUGGCGUCGGGAAGGUCAUCAAGGGCUGGGACGAGGGUGUUAUCCAACUGUCGCGCGGAACCAAAGCCAACCUGAUCGUGACUCCCGAUUAUGGCUACGGUGCACGGGGCUUCCCGCCAGUCAUCCCACCAAAUGCGACCUUGCACUUCGAGGUCGAGCUGUUGGAAAUCAACUGA